UGUUGGACAUCAGUUUAUCGGUUAAGGGUUUUAGAAGCAUAACCACAACAAGCCAAUGAUGCGGUGGUCCUGUUUGGAUGAGCGUAUUAAGAAAGAUAACUUUUACUUAAUGUAACUGCUUGUUCCAGGAAUAAUCACGAUGGAGGUUUUGCAGGACGGGGAAGAGCAUGCACUGAAGGAUAAACGAGGGGGGCGUUUGGACAUGACUCACGGCUUCUUACACCACAUUAGACGAAAUCAGAAAGCAAGAGAUGAUUAUGAUAAAGAAGUGAAACAGGCCAAAGAGAGGCAACGGCGCAGGCAUACAACCACCCCCUGUCGACCUCGACGACCCGAUCUGCAAGUAUAUCAUCCACGCCACCGGAACGGCUUGGGGCCCAAUGAGGCAGCAGAUGAUUGGCAGGAGAAUGAGAGUGGUGACAGCAGCACUGAACAGGAGGGAAGCUCAGCCUCUCCGCUCUUCUGGCUGGACUACCAGGCCGACAGUGGACACAUUACUUCCUUCAUCGUCUGUAAGGAGGACGAUCCUGAGAGUGUGGUGUCGCGGGUGGCAGAGGAGAACAUUCUAGACUCGGCCAUGAAAACCGUGCUGCUGGCACGCGUCCGCAAGGAAAUGGACAAACGGCGUAACAAGCGCUGAGCAAGCAGCUGUACUUACAGAGGGGACAGACCAUAAGAACAGCAAAACCGGAGGAUGAGAGAGAGAGAGCGAGAUAACAAGUGAUAUUAGAGGAAGAGUUGUGGAACUGAUCGUGAGGAGUGAGUGUGCGUGGACAGAGACGGCAGGUGAAGAGGUGCAGUGGACUGCACAGCGCUCAGGACUCCUCAGGGAAGAGGAGCAACGAAGGCAGAAUUACAGCAGCCAGUCAGGUCGUGGAGCUGCUCUCACAGGAAUAUGUAUGCUGAGACAGACUGACUGCUCGCAUCAGAGUUCAAAGGUCAUGACUUUUCAAGUGCAGUCAUGGUGGUCUCCUGAAACACAAACCACCAUGGACGCUUUUAACUCUCUCUCAUAUCUUUCACACACACACACACACCAACUCACACCAACUCCUACACAAACAUAAUCUGGUUCAUCAGUAUCAGCAAUCUAGUGGAGGGUUAUGAAUUAGUAUAGCUGGAUCUGCCUAUGGCUGCAAGAGUUGUGCAUGUGUUUUCUUUGUUUUGUAAAGGUCCCUGUGGUGUCAUCAUUGUGUGUUUUCAGUUAGAGUGAUGGCACUGCACAUACAGAAAACUGGGUGAACAGUUACAAGCAUAAGAAGAUUUGCAGGUGUAUGGAAUGAAUGUGUCUAUUAGAAUAAAUUGGUGUGUGUGUGUGUGUG